CGAUUCAUUAGAACGAUUCCUUGGUUGCUAACACUCUUGGUUGCUAAAUGUAUAUCACGGGACUGGGAAAAUGGUGGCAAGCGCUCGAGUACAGCGGAUCUUCCGACGCUACAAACUAGCCAUUGCCGCCGCAUUGACAAUUCUCCUCGUUCAAGGACUUGUCGUAUGGAGCCUUCGGAGUUUAGAGGAGGGCGAGGCAGAGAGGAAGCACAGACGCUCUAAGCUGCCUGAUCACAAUAGUCAGGACCCCCCGCGUGAUCGCCAUGGGGGCUCCGGCCCGCCGUCCGCCACCAUGGCAACCAGCAGCCAGCGCCGGGGCGGCAAGAAGCGAGGAAGCCGGCCCUCGGACAGCCGCAGGAAGGGGGCGGCAGGAAGUCAAUCACAGGAAGUCCCGCCUGCUGUCCCGCACGACCCAUCCAGCAGCCAACGGAACCUGAGUGAUGCGGGACGCGGAGGACGAGGGGCUGGUGGGCGAGGGGCGUUGGUGCCACCCCUGGGUCCUGGCGAGCCGGGUAGCGUGGAGGGGGCGCCGCACGCGCCCGUGAGCAGCAGCGACGACGUGACGCCCGAGUGUGAGAUCGCCGGGAAGGAUGCGCUGUCUGCUCUACAGCGCGCCUCCUCACGCCAGUGCCGCCAGGAGAUCGCCAGCGUGGUGUGCCAGCAUCAGGCAGGGAGACUCAUGCCAGGCCCGCUGCCACAGAAGUGCCCACAGCAUGUCCUCUCCAGCAGGCUGCAGCUGGAUGUUACAUGGGACCUGUCCAAGGUGGAGAAUCCCGUGCGCAGUGGCAUUAGGUGGUUAGUGGUCCAUGGUCAGGCUGUCCACUUCCAGCUCCUGCAGCUCAUCAAAGCCAUCUACCACCGAGACCACUUCUACUACAUCCACGUGGACAAGCGGUCCAACUACCUGCACAGGGAGGUGCUGGCGAUGGCGGCACAGUACCCCAACGUGCGGGCGACGCCCUGGCGCAUGGUCACCAUCUGGGGCGGAGCCAGCCUGCUGACCGCCUACCUGCAGAGCAUGGCCGACCUGCUGGACAUGAGCGACUGGACCUGGGACUACUACAUCAACCUCAGCGCCACCGACUUCCCCACCAGGACUAAUGACGAGUUGGUGGCGUUCCUCUCUAAGCACAGAGACAAAAACUUUCUCAAGUCUCAUGGGCGAGAAAAUGCAAGGUUUAUUAAGAAGCAGGGUCUGGACAGGCUGUUCCAUGAGUGUGAUGACCACAUGUGGCGGCUGGGAGAGCGUGGUAUCCCAGAAGGCCUUGAGGUGUCCGGAGGCUCUGAUUGGUUUGCGCUCACACACCCCUUCGUGGAGUACGUGGUGAAGUCACAGGACGCGUUGGUGGUGGGACUCAAGAAGUUCUACACCUACGCACUGCUGCCUGCAGAGUCGUUCUUCCACACGGUGCUUGGGAACAGCCACAUGUGUGAGACGUUAGUGGACAACAACCUGCGUGUGACCAACUGGAACCGCAAGCUGGGCUGCAAGUGCCAGUACAAGCACAUAGUGGACUGGUGCGGCUGUUCGCCCAACGACUUCAAACCCGCCGACCUCGUCAGGAUUCAGCAACUGACGCUAUCUGAACCUUUCUCCUUUGCGCUGUAGUUUGAGUCGUCGGUCAACCAGGAGGCCAUCGACAUCCUGGACACACACCUGUACGGGCAGUACCCGCCGGGCACGCUGGCGCUCAAAGCCUACUGGGAGAGUGUGUACGAGCGGGAGGACGGCCUCAACACACACACACUCUCCGACGUGCAGCUGACCGCACACACGUCACUCACACGCCUCGGCCUGCAGAGUCUGCACGGGAAAGGGCCCGACUGCAAGUUUGAGUCCAUUGGCUUCCCCGUGUCGGUCAAUGUGUAUUUCUAUGACGACCGUUUCCAGGGUUACCUGGUGAAGCAGGAAGUGCAGACGGCCUCCGGUGGGCGGGACACUCUGGAGGUGUGGUCUGUUCCCCAGGCAACGCUGCAGCUGGAGAACAACCUGAGGGAGUUUGAGAGACUCAAACAUCUGGAGGUGGGCACGGACUGGGACCCCAAGGAGAGAAUCUUCCGAACUUCUCGGGCGGGGUCGAUGGGUCCGGCUGGACGAGCCUGGCGUGCAGCUGGGCGCUGCUGGGUCCGGAACCUCACGGGCACACGGGUGUGGGUGGAUCCCGCCAACGUGGUGGCCGCCUCGUACGACAUCACCGUGGAGACGGAGGCGGAGUUCACGCAGUACCGGCCGCCCCUGCAGCGUCCACUCAGGCCGGGCGUGUGGCACGUGCGCGUGCUCCGCAUGUGGGAACGCGUCGCCCAGACACGCUUCCUCAUCACGCCGCUCAGCUACCACACACACAAGCCCUUCAGCACCGCGGAUGAUGGUUGGCUACACGCGGGUCCUGCAGGUAACCUGUACCUGGAGCAGAGUUUCCAGCAGCUGAGCUCCGUGCUGCGGCUGCCGUCGCUGGAGUCGGGUCUGCGUGAGGCCCAGGGGCUCGCCGCGCUGCAGGGGCGCGAGCUGGACGCCUGGGUGGACCGGGGCCUCUCCUCCUUCUGGUCCCCCGCCGGCGUGUGCUCCUCGGCGGGCUCGGCCUGCGCCGCGCUGCCCUCCUGCUCCCAGACCUCCUGGAGCUCCAUGUCCCCGGACCCCAAGGCCGAGCUCGGCCCGGUCAAGAGCAACGGACGCAUCAGGUAGCUUCCGCUGACCCCCACCUGACGGGGCCUGCUACGGAGCCAGAGACUUGAAAAAAGACGACAGAGGCCUUGACCUUUGACCUCUGGACUUUUGAACUUUACCUGGGUUGUAGGGGUGGCGUAUGGGGGUGUGGCCUAAAGGGUACAACGACUCCUACUUCCACUGAGGGGCGGAGCUUGCAUGGCUGAGUGACAGUAGCAAGGAACUAUGGAAUUUGCACAAGACUGCCUGACUCACAAGCUACUACUUUUAAGUGUGUGUCUGUGUGUGUCUGUGUGAGUGUGUGUGAGCGUGUGUUUGUGUUUUGUCUGAUUCUUCAUUGAUUGUAUUAUUUAGUUGUUUACUGUUUUUUUUGUUUAUCAUCAGGGUUUUGCCUGUUUUCUUAAGAGUAAUUUUACUCCUAAUAGGACAGUACACACACACACACACACACACACACAGUACGUAUACACUCACACCAUGGUACAACAGCAAUACUUGUGCAGACCCUCACACACAAAUGAGCACAUAUGGGAGAGUGACCAGCGACAGACCAUUGGAGCGCUGCUGGGUGUCAUCUGGCCAAUCAGAUGCCUGAGAUCAAAGUGCUCUGUAGCAGGAGGAAGGGGUUGGGAGUUAGUCCCGCCCCCCAGCAGACAUUGGCUGGAUGUGUGAAUGGCUCCGUUUACACCCUGUUGAGCCAAAACGCAGACAUGGACACACACACACACACACACACACACACACACACACACACACACACAGACAUACACGUGUACAUUUGAUCAGAGCUACAUGUGUGAAUGUCUAUGACUGAGUUUACGCCCCAUUUGUCAUGGCAACCAUGCAUCACCUUGACAUCUGAUAUGUCCCGGGAGGCCAAAUCACACACACACACACACACACACACACACACACACACACACACACACACACUCACACACACACCAACCUCAGUUUGGACAUUUGAAACACUUAUCUGUCUUUAGGAGAAAUGACACUAUGGACUCUCUGUUGUCUGACUGAAGUCCUGCAGUUAUGGCAGCAAUGCUGAUUUUAGCCAGGAGUGUGUGUAGGUGAACAGAUUUUAGCCAGGAGUGUGUGUAUAGGAGCUGAUUUUAGCCAGGGGUGUGUGUAGGUGAGCUGAUUUUAGCCAGGGGUGUGUGUAGGUGAACAGAUUUUACAGUGUCUGAAUGUUCCUGUCGCCAACCCCCCUCGCUGCAAAGCAUUCUGGGACAGACAGGAAGUGCCUGACGACUGUGAACAGGCCAAUCGCUUCCUUUUCUGAACCUGAAGCCAGAAACGUUACAACGUGCUGCUCUUUUGGGGCGGAGAUGGAAUUUACAUUUAUUUACAAUCAUUUUACAAUUAUUUACAGUGGGAGAACUUGUUUGUUUGGAGCACGGAUCCCGGUUGUGACGUGGCGUUGCAGAACGGUGAUGUUCAUCUGUACAGCAGGGGUCCCGUGCGUUCAUAAAGACGCCAAAUCACCUCCGUCAAAUGUGUCUGUUGUGUCUUAGGUCGAACGCUAUCGGUUUACUGACUGUCUUUUAUUUUUUGUUUGUUUUUUUUCGAAUUUAUUUUGUAAGUAAACCUUAACGUGUAUAUGUGGGUAUAUGGGUAAUGGUGGUGUUUCUCCCCCGUAGGCUACGUUCGUUUUUUGCACCGUUUCAUCCACUCAAUGACAAUUUUUAAGUGUCCUUUUUUUCUUGCACAUAUAAGCUUCAUAGAAGCCACGGUGGGAACGGUUAGGAUAGAGGCGAGCUACGAACGGGAGAAUAUCCAUAUUUUUAUAUUUAUAUUCUUGCUGAAGAAGGAAGUUUUUUUUUUUCACGUCAGUCACAUCAUGACGCUGCUUUGGCGCACUAUGUGUUCUGCUGCGUUCUGCUCUGUCUGUGGAUCUGAAGGUGUGUGUGUGUGUGUGUGUGUGUGUGUGUGAGAGAGUGAGAGAGAGCAGCGAGGCAACCUUUACUGUUUUCAGAUGUUGCGUCCAACUCCACGGCCUCCGGAUUUACACAGAGCGAGUCAUGCUUGCUGUCGAGAAAGCAACAGGUCUAAUUGGUGGCUCAAUAAAGAUGUUAAAUUAUAA